CAGAAAACAUAUAUCCACUAUAGAAAAGAACUGCAGAGCAGUAAAUUCUGUGAAUCGUCUGUGGAUGCUGAAACUCAAAUUAUCUGAAUCUGACUUUGACUUUUGCCCAUUGAGAAAAUAACUGAAGGUGGGAAAGAAACUAUUAUUUGAGGAUUCAUUUUGUUUUUACUUUCUCUGAACACAUCUGCUAAUCAAAUCACCGUGAGGAACUCAAUAAUUACAUUACAUUUUCUAUUGUGAGAAAAAGAAUAGGGAUAUUCCAUCGGCAUUAGAAGAUGGCAUUAUCAGAGGCAGAAUUUGACUUGAAGGGAAGCAGCAUCAUAAAGGAAUGGAGUAGGCAGGUCCAACCAGCUCUCAUGGCUUCUUUAAUCUUCCUCUUCUGUCUGGAAGCAUGCCUGUGGAUCCGGAACUUUGCUCUCAAAAAGAGGCUGCCGGGGCCCUUUGCCUGGCCAGUGGUGGGAAAUGCCAUGCAGCUGGGCCAAAUGCCACAUAUCACCUUCUCUAAGCUGGCAAAGAAAUAUGGCAAUGUCUACCAGAUCCGACUUGGCUGCAACGACAUAGUAGUACUGAAUGGAGAUGUAGCCAUACGCCAGGCUCUCAUACAACACAGCACAGAGUUUGCAGGAAGACCAAAAUUCAUCUCUUUUCAACUGGUCUCUGGAGGGAAAAGCAUGACAUUCAGCAAUUACAGCGAACAGUGGAAAAUGCACAGGAAAAUAGCUCAGUCCACCUUGCGGGCUUUCUCUUCAGCUAACAGCCAAACCAGGAAAGUAUUUGAGCAGCAUGUGGUGGCAGAGGCUAUGGAUAUGGUGCAGAGCUUUCUCAGGUUGAGCACAGAUGGGCACUAUUUCAAUCCCUCACAUGAAUUCACAGUAGCUGCUGCCAAUGUCAUUUGUGCCCUCUGCUUUGGGAAACGUUAUGGACAUGAAGACCCAGAGUUUAGGACCCUUCUGGGCAGAGUGAACAGGUUUGGAGAGACAGUGGGUGCUGGGAGCCUGGUGGAUGUCAUGCCCUGGCUUCAAUUCUUCCCUAACCCUGUGCGCAGUGUCUACCAGAACUUCAAGAACCUCAAUAAUGAGUUCUUUGCUUAUGUGAAAGACAAGGUGGUGCAGCACAGGGACACAUACAACCCUGAUAUAACUCGAGAUAUGAGUGAUGCCAUCAUCAGUGUGAUUGAGCAUGGGAAAAACAUCACACUGACCAAAGACUUUGUGGAGGGAACAGUGACUGACCUCAUUGGUGCAGGGCAGGAUACUGUUUCCACAAUCAUGCAGUGGAUACUUUUGCUCUUAGUCAAGUACCCAGCCAUACAGGCCGAGCUCCAGGAGCAGAUUGAUAAAGUGGUGGGUUGUGACAGACUGCCCUCAGUGGAGGACAAGGCCAAUCUGGCUCAUCUGGAUGCCUUCAUCUAUGAAACCAUGCGCUACACUAGCUUUGUGCCUGUUACCAUCCCCCACUCCACCACCCAAGAGGUGACCAUUGAUGGCUUCCUCAUCCCUAAAGACACAGUGGUGUUCAUCAACCAGUGGUCUGUCAACCACGACCCAGAGAAAUGGCAGGACCCACACAUCUUCAACCCUUCAAGAUUCUUUGAUGAAAAUGGGGCCCUUAACAAGGACCUGAUCAACAGUGUGAUGAUCUUCUCCACAGGUAAGCGGAGAUGCAUUGGCGAACAUAUUGCCAAAACAGAGGUCUUCCUACUCGCAGCCAUUUUGUUGCACCAAUGCACAGUUGAGAGUAACCCAUCUGAAGCCCUCACAAUGGACUGCUCAUAUGGGUUGGCUCUGAAGCCUCUCAACUACACAAUUACAGCAAAGCUCAGAGGAAAGCUCCUUGGCCUUGUGUCACCAGCAUGAAACAAUGAAGAUCCUAAAUCGCCAUUUCUUUGUUUUUGUGACUCAAGGCCAGAAAAAACUGAACCAUUUGCAAAUAUAUAACAUGUAAUAGUGAGUAUUUAAUAAACAUGCACUGAAUGCUGUUGUGUAGAAAUUACAUAUUUAAAUAAUAUUUAAUGAUUAUUCACAGAUUUUUGUUUGCAACGUGUAACUUUUUUAAAUGGGGAAAAAAACUUUUGUUACAUUUAUAUGAAGUGAUGUAUUUUGUCAGGUAGUUGAAGGAAACUGAAACAGUCUCCAUCUCUCCAAAAUAUUAUAAAAUUUCGCACUGUGUAUUCAUUUUUAUAACUAAACAAUAUUAGCAGGGUUUCCAAAUUAAAAAUGGUCAAACAGUGACUAACUGUCAACAUGAACAUUGAUCAGUCAUCAAAGUAUUGUGUACUUGAGAAUAUUUGAGGAGAGCUGCUUUGACUACCUGUUUUAGCUCCCUCAUUUUGAAGGGGAUGCAGUAUAUUAAUGCAUUUUCUUUCACUUGCAUUAAAACUUGUGGUUUAGAAGUACACAAACAGAGAUAUUUCAGGCAUUUCAAAGUGUUUAAUAUCUAUUUUAUAGCUAACACCCCCUACUGUACCCAAGUGAAAUUAAUUCAUCCCCUGCAUUGAUUAUUGACUAUGAUCAUUUGUAUUAUUGAGAAGCUAAUGACCAUGAGAUAGUAGUCAUCAUGCAGUAAAUGAGAUAUUACAUCACUGGAAUAAAUGAAAGUGAGGUAACUUUGUUUUGUAGCUCAAUACUGAGAACUGUACUGUCCAGAUACAGGCUGAGUGGAGCUACUGAAAGCCUCAAUUGCUCCCAAGCCCUGAAUUUAUAUUUUACCUGUCAUUCCAACUCAAACAGCUACCCAAGACACGUUUUAAAGUGUGUAAUACAUAUUAUAUUAAAAAUGUUCACACCUAAUGUUUCUGAAGUGCUUGGCAAGCCAUGCCACACUAUUCUGAAGCCAUGGAACAAAACUAUUUUUUUGAAUGUUUGAGUAAACAGCUAUACAAUAUCUGUAUUGCUUUGGCUCUAUUCUUUGAAAAUAAGCUAAUUGUGAAGUGAAUGAAAUAAAAGUAAUAUUUGAAAUAUGAAUAUGUAGCUCCUCUCCUCUG